AACCUCAACUAAUUCAGUAACUCCUUCAAACCAAGCUCUCAGAACGCCCAAACAAGAACCAGAAAACCCCAAAAAGUAAUGUGCGACACAUUGAAGAACAAUUACCAGCCGUGCGAUGAGAUUGGCCGUGGCCGAUUCGGUACAAUCUAUCGCUGUUUCUCUCCGAUGAUGAAAGAUUUCUUUGCUUGCAAAAUCAUUAACAAAAACCUGCUCGCCGACCCAACCGACCGCGAAUGCCUUGAAAACGAAACCAAAAUCAUGACCAUCCUAUCUCCGCAUCCAAACAUUGUUCAGAUCCACGACUUUUACGACACGGAUGACUCUAUGACCCUAGUCAUGGAGCUUUGCGAGCAGUAUACUCUUUAUGAUCAGAUAAUAAAGAGUAACGGAGGCUUAAGUGAGGCCAAGUCUUCUAGCGUGAUGAAACAAUUGCUAACCGCAAUUGCUCAUUGUCAUAGACUCAAUAUUGUGCAUCGGGACAUCAAGCCUGAUAAUAUCUUAUUUGAUUCUAGGAACAGAGUUAAAUUGGCCGACUUUGGUUCGGCUGAUUGGAUUGGAGAGGAGAGUACAAUGAGUGGUGUUGUUGGAACGCCGUAUUAUGCAGCGCCGGAGGUCGUUUUGGGAAGAGAGUAUAAUGAGAAAGUUGAUGUGUGGAGUGCUGGUGUUGUUUUGUACGUUAUGUUGGCUGGGAUCCCCCCGUUUUACGGUGAGACUGUUGAGGAAAUCUUUGAGGCGGUUAUUCGAGGUAAUCUUAGGUUUCCGCCUCGGAUCUUUAGAAACGUUUCGCCGGCGGCUAAAGAUCUCUUGCGAAAAAUGAUUUGUAGAGAUGCUUCGCGGCGGUUCUCAGCUGAGCAAGCACUACGACAUCCAUGGAUAGUAAGUGAAGGAGAUACAAUUUCAAUGGACUAAUAUGCCCCCAGUAAAAGCAAGAAAAUACCACUCAAACCCCAAUGAAGAAGCAUCACAACUUAUCACCACCUGUGUACAUAAUUUACUGCCUAUCAAGAGUGUGAAGCACGACGAAACCAUCAUGGGUGCUUCCAGAAAUUCAGUUUUUUCUUGAGAAGAAAUGGACAAAAAGGGUCACAUGGGAGUGGCUCUACUACCAAAAAACUGAGCUGUUUUAUUAAUUCUGUAAUAAGCUUGUUUUGGCUUUUUUUGUUUAUGAGAAUCUUGACAGAGAGAGAGAGAGAGAGAGAGUGUAGAUAUGUAAAAGAAUCAGAAGGAUUGAGAAUCCUGUCUUUCCCCUCCUUUACUUUGCCCUGUUUUUUUUUUGGACUAAAGGAAGUGAGAAAGCUAAAGAAGUUUGUAACCUCUACUUUUCUUGGAGUAUCUUAGCUAUUUUCCUCUUUUGAGCAUGAA